AUGGAUGAGAACUCAACACUUGAGAACUGUUUUUCCAUGCUAGACAAUCUUACUAAAACACUUAACCAUCCUAAGGUGAAAAACUCAACCAAAGCCAAGGUUUUGAUGCGUGCUAUGUAUGGAGUUAAGGUGGUAACUUUGUUUGUUUGUAGCAUCUUUAUGGCUGCAUUCUCAGGUUCGGCAAAGAAGUUGAGGGAUUUCCAAGUUCUCGAAAUAUGCUUGUGGGCAGAAGCUUUUAUCGAGCUACAGUUUUUUGUUAACAGAGGGAUAAGAAAUACAUUUUCAAGUGGUAGUGUACAGUAUUGAGAGAGCUUGAGGCAAAUUAUAUAGUUGUCAACAAAUUGUGCAUAGCACCAUUGAAUUCAACCUCAGAUUUGGGGAAGAAGAGUGAGAAGCUUUCACAAGGAUUAGAUGUUCUUGCAAAGGAAGUGGAUGGCUUCUUCCAUAUUGUUUUGAUCGAAUUGGAUGCUUUGCUUU